GAAAAGUACAAUGAGGUCUAUACCACCAGUAACUGGUAGCAAUAGGGAGCCACUAGGGAGGCAAAAACAUCAGGAAGCAAAUCAAGUUCCACACCAGGCUUCACAAUAUUUAUUAGAAGCAGAUGAUGAA